AUGGACGAGAGGGAGAAGGCGAGGGGAGCGGCAAGCGCCACCGCCACCACGCCAUCCGCCACCGCGACGCACUGUUCCACCGCGUCGUCGUGCUCCUCCAACUCCAACCCGAGCGUCGGCACCGCAGCGGCGCGGACGCCGCCGCCCUCCAUCGUCGUGCCGUGGGCGGGGCGCGGCGGGGGCGAUGGGGUUGCUGGAGGAGGGUGCUACUACCCCGGCUGCCGCAAGGACGCCAACUGCGCGUGCGAGAUGUGCCUCGCCAGCAUCAACGCCACCAGGGACCUCCUACCGCCGGAGGCCGCCGCCGCGCGGAGGUGGUUCGCCGCAGCGGCCAGGGACAGGAAGCCCGCCUCCCGCCCGCUCUUCGGCGGCGUCGACACGCCGCCGCACGGGUCCUCCGUCACGGAACCGUGGACGCCGCCGAUGCUGUCCACUGCGAAGUCGAGGAGGCCCCGGCAGGAGGCGGAGGCGGAGGCGUUCGUCCCCGGCACCGGGAAGAAAACUGGGGGAUCGCAUGACUGGGCCCUCUACGCGGCGAUGGUUCUUGGUUUCCUCCUCCUCCUAUGGGUGGACUCCGGCCUUGUCCCGGAGAUCGCGGCGAGAGGCUUCGGCCCCAAGCUCUCGCCGGAGGCCGUGGCACGGCUGGGUACAGAGGCGCGGCUCGCGCCCGGCGGUCUGAGCCACAAGCUCGGCGCCCUGGAGCAGAUGCUCGGGCAGUUCGUCGGCGGCGAGAAGGUCUGCGAUUGCAGCUCGCAAGAUUCCGUCUGGCAAUUCGAGCAGAAUGAUCGGCGCGUGUUCUACUGGCGCUGCGCGGUGUACAAGUCGGCGGCGGAGGAGGUGACCAUCUGGGGGAGCCCCCUCCACACCUCGGGCCUACUCCCGCGCGCGCUCCCGUCACGGCACCUCACGCUCCUCUCCGGCAAGAUCACCGAGUGGUCCGACGGGAGGGUGUGGCCGACGGUGAGGGCGAGCAACGGCAGCUCGUGGAGCUACCGAGGGCGGAGCGCGCCGGCGGUGAGGCUGGAGCCCCAGACGUGGGUGCUGGAGUACCAGCGGAGCGUGGUGUUCGAGGGUACGCGGCUGAUACCGGCCACGGCGGAGCUGCUGGCGUCCAGGUGCUCGGCGAUUCGCCAGAAUCUGGCCAGGCGACGGUUCUUCCACGGCGGCGCCGGCGGGAUCCAGGCGAACCCGACUUGACUCGAAGACUGUCCUGGCCGGGAGAAGGGGGUCGUUAGCCGUUUAGGAUGAUUCUUAGCUUUGAACUUUUGAUUGUUCAUCUCAUUUCCUGUGAGAUUGAUUUAGCAUCUUUCGGCUGUAUUGAUGUGGAUGUUCUCCAGGCUUCAUAUUACCAUAUGAGAUUUUCUUCGGUACAACAAAAAGUAUCUCUAGAUACCGAUGUCUCGAGGUACCAAAUUAUUUCUGAUCAUUGGAUCUAACAGUACACCUCCUCCUUAGCUAGAUUCAAUUGUGAAAAAUAAUUUGAUACCUCAAGGUACCGGCACCCGCAAUACUUUUUAUUGGACCGAAGCAAAUCUCUUAUAACAUAUAUCUAAAUUAUAUAUAUGGACAAAUAAUCUUGUAACGUGAAACAAAGACAAUAGUGACUAUCUAAGGGGCUGUUUAUUUGAA